AUGAAAUCCUUUCUCGUGAGAAAAAGGAACAAUCCCAUCGUAUAUCGCAUUCUCAACAUCACCCAACAACUGGCUAUCUACGGAAUGACAUCCUGCAUGUCCACCCCGGUGGAUGGGAUGAUAUUGCUUUUCACAUCUACAUAUUUCCCUUCAAGAUGCUUGAAGGCUUGCCACUACUUGAUGCAUCCGCCAACUCACGUUGGGUGGAUCGACACAGCGCAGCAGGUUUUGCUUCCGUUCCCUUCAACUCCGUUGAACAUGUGCUCCAUGCAUGGAAAACAUAUCCCAGAUGGAAGAGUCAUGAUAAUCCUUGAUGAUACACAGAAACAAGGGUAA